ACGAAUUGUGCUCAGUACAACAUGAAACUUGCGUCGCUCAUCGUGUCUACGUUCUUGAUAGUAGCCAUCAAAGCUGCUAAGCAUUGCGAUAAUCUGGGAACACUUUUCUACGAUGAUCUGGGAUGCACCCCAACUUUAGGAACAGUUGGAUGCCCUUCAUCUUACGAUUGUCCCAAUUUCAGUGUAACUCCGGGUGUUUGUAAAUUCCGCGGAAAAGAAUACACUGGUGGUCAAAUAAUCAACGGAACUUCGAGAUGCAAUCGAGGAUGUUAUUGUCAAGGAGCAUCAGCUACUCAAUGCGCCAUAGUCGAUUGUUACUUCGGUCCUAAAGACAACGAGGAAUGCUACAACACGUAUACAUUGCACGGUUGCUGCGCUUCAGGAGAGAAAUGCCCUCCAUUCAACGAUUUGGCUACAUGCAAAGCGAAUGGAAAGACUUACAGGGAGGGCGAGAAAUUUGUUGGUGAUGGUACUUGCAUGAGUUGUAUUUGCGGUAAGGGCUUUAAGGGCGAAUUAGUGGAGCCUUUCUGCGAGAGAAUCAAGUGCGACGUGGAAUUGGAAGGAGAUAAAAUCGCGGAUAAUUGCGCUCCCGCCUAUCGCAAAAAUAAAUCGGCACUUUGCUGUCCUUCAUAUUACAUAUGCCAGUCGAAAUCAACCACCGAAGAUGUUGUGUUAUCAGGAACCAAGAGUGAUCGUAAAUGUAAAUUCGGAAACGCCGAAUACAACCUUCACGACACCUUGACUUUGAAAUACACCUACGGUGGUCAACAUACAGCGAAGUGUGCUUGCAACUUACCUCCUCUUCUGACCUGCACUUUAGAUUACUAAAUUAAGAAUAAACAAAUUUGUGGUUUAUUUUUCUGAUGAUGCUGAUGAUGACACGGAAUGUAUACGUUAUAAGAUUAUAUGCGACCGAAUCGCAAUAAAUAGCAAACAAUAAAAUUUAGUUACAAAAUAAAAA